AACACUCCAAUUACCAAAAAAUAUCUAUCGGACAGUAACUCAUUACCCAACCAACGUUCAUUUUCAUAACUAAAUUUCACCAAAAAUUUAUUAAUUUCUUUUUCAUAAAAGGUAAAAUAAUUUUAAAGAAUCUCUCGAUCUCUCUCUAUAUUCUCAACUCGGGAGAGAUUGAGUUCGAUGCAAUUUCACCAAUGGCGUUUUCACGGACUCUCCUCUUCCUUCUCUGUUUGUUGUUUCUGAUCGGUUUCUCAUUCGCCAACGACGCUUCUCAUGACGACGAUUCCCCCAAGUCUCCUGGCUGUGAUCAUCCUUACAAAUUGGUUAAGGUUAUGAACUGGGUUAAUGGUGUUGAAGGUGAAACUUUAGCUGCGGUCAGUGCAAGGUUUGGGGCUAUAUUGCCUUCUGAGGCUGAAAAAGGUCUCAGACUGUCUGCCGUUUUCUCAAAUCCCUUAAACUGCUGUUCUAGUUCCUCUUCAAAGCUUUCUGGUUCCAUUGCAAUGUCCAUACGUGGUGAUUGUACCUUCACUGCCAAGGCAGAAGUUGCCCAGUCAGGAGGUGCAGAAGCCUUGUUGGUAAUAAAUGAUGAAGAAGAGCUUGCUGAGAUGGGUUGUGAUAAUGGAAGUGCUGCACCAAAUAUUUCAAUUCCUGUUGUGUUGAUUCCAAAGUCAGGAGGUGAAUAUCUGAACAAGUCGAUGGUAGCUGGACAGAAAGUGGAAAUAAAGUUAUAUGCACCAAAUCGUCCUGUUGUGGAUUAUUCAGUGAUAUUCAUAUGGUUGAUGGCCGUUGGAACUGUGACCUGUGCUACACUUUGGUCAGAAUUUACUGCUCCUGAGGAGACUGAUGAGCGCUACAAUGAAUUAUCACCAAAGGAAAAUUCCAGAGUUUCAGCAAUCAAAGAUGAUGAGAAAGAAUUCCUUGAUAUCAAUGCAAAGAGUGCAGUAAUUUUCGUCCUAACAGCAUCAACUUUUCUGGUUUUACUCUACUUUUUUAUGUCAAGUUGGUUUGUCUGGCUGCUGAUUAUACUCUUCUGCCUCGGCGGUGUUGAGGGCAUGCAUAAUUGUAUAGUAACGUUAAUUUCAAGAAAAUGCAGAAAUUUUGCGCAAAAGAAAGUCAACUUACCUCUUCUGGGAGAAACUUCUAUUCUCUCCCUUGUUGUAUUAUGUUGUUGUCUGGCAUUUGCUAUUUUUUGGAUUGCCAAUCGUCGGGCCUCAUAUUCAUGGAUUGGACAAGAUAUUCUUGGUAUCUGCUUGAUGAUAACUGUCUUGCAGGUGGCACGAUUGCCUAAUAUUAAGGUUGCUGCUGUACUUCUCUGUUGCGCAUUUGUUUAUGACAUCUUUUGGGUAUUUCUAUCCCCAAUAAUAUUCCAUCAGAGUGUUAUGAUCGCUGUUGCUCGAGGUGACAACAGUGGUGGGGAAUCUAUUCCCAUGCUUUUGAGAUUUCCUCGAUUUGCUGAUCCUUGGGGAGGUUAUGACAUGAUUGGAUUUGGGGACAUUCUUUUCCCUGGUUUGCUUCUGUCAUUUGCACGGAGAUACGAUAAAACAAAUAAGAAAAGCUUGUGUAAGGGAUAUUUUCUUUGGUUGACAAUUGGCUACGGAAUCGGUCUUUUCCUCACGUACUUAGGUUUAUAUCUAAUGGAUGGGCAUGGUCAACCUGCACUCCUCUAUCUUGUUCCUUGUACCCUAGGAGUUUGUGUCAUACUGGGACUGGUGAGAGGAGAGAUAAAAGACCUCUGGAGUUUUGGCACUGAAACUUCCUCAUCGAGAGAUACUUUUGGGGAAGCUUGAAGCCAGAAACCAGUUAUUCAAAAGUAGAUCCAGGGGAAAUCUCGCUUUGCAAAAUUUUGUGCCGGUUGGCUUAAUGUUCUUGUUAAUGAAAAUCCCGGGCCAACAUGGUGUGGAGGAUCCUUGGUGGUGAAAGAAGAGGGCUGUAAGUCUAAAAAUGCAAUUCACCUUGACAUUCAUGCCAAAUGUAUAUUAUGUUAUGUUUGUACCAUAAGUCAGUUCCUACCACUACAUUGUUGCCUAUGUUCUAAUUUUUUCUGGAAAACUUGACUAACAUGUUUAUUUUCAGCUUUCCUGUUUCACUUGCUCAUUGUGACUGCAAUUAUAGCUGUAUGCAGUACAUUCAUAUUGGACCUCUGCAUUUGCAUGAUUGUAAUUUUCCAAGUAAUAAGAGCUUCUUGUUUACAAGA